AUGAGGGGUUCAAGUUUGAUUUUCACCAUCAUUGCGACAACAGCCACCGUGACUGCUAGCAAUUGCUGGUAAGAUGCCUAUGGAAGAGGUGCUGGUCAAGUCAUUACAACUUGCAGAGAUGGCUUACAAAAAGAUGGUGCACUAUGCUAUCCAUACUGUAGAGAUGGUUACUAUGGUGUUGGCCCUGUAUGCUGGUAACAUUGUGUAGAUGGAUUUACAGACACUGGAAUAGAUUGCCUUAAACCAUCAUCAUAUGGUAGAGGAGUUGGUUAUGCACUCUGGCAUGAGAGCAAAUGUCAGCAGGAAAAUCCACAAGGUUGCGAGAAAUGGGGAGCUCUUUAUUAUCCAAAAUGCAAAGCUAACUUCCACAAUGCUGCUUGCUGUAUUUGUUCGCCUAAUUGCCCACAAGGCUUCACUGAUAUUGGAGUAUCAUGCUAAAAAGAUACAUAUGGAAGAGGUUUCGGAGAGGUACUUGGCUGUGCUAAGGGACUUGAAGAAUCUGGAGCACUUUGCUACCCACAAUGCAAUCCAGGUUAUCACGGAAACGGUCCUGUCUGCUGGUAAGAUUGCCCAGCUGGUAAAUACUCCUGUGGUGCUCUCUGCACAGACACAGCAGAUCAAUGUUCAGGAGGUGUUGAACACAUUGUAAAAGAUUUAGUCAUGGCUGCUGUUGAAAUAGCAGUAGCAGCAACUACUGGUGCUGCUGAUAUUCCAGGCAUAAUCUCUAACAUUGGAGGUGCUGCUACUGAGUUGGCUAACGCUGUUUGCGAUCACCCACCUAGAAUGGAAUUCACUGAAUUCAUUCAAUGA